AUGGCUUGGAAGGAAAUUUCGGAACAACUCAAACAACCAGCUGCAGCUUGUAAAAAAAGGUGGCAAGGGCUAAGGGAUGCAUACAGAAGAGCAAUAAAUAAGAAAAAGGGCAAAAAGUCCGUUGAGCUGACAAGCAACGAUGAAGAGUCUCAGAACAAAGAUGCAGAAACUGAAGUUCAGAACCCUAACUCAAUCAAUGAGAUUAACAAUACUGAUGCUGUGGAUGUGACUGCUCCUCAAGAUACUGAAAUUCGAAACGAAGAUAACACUAUUAUCCACAAUAAAUCCACACAACCAAAAUCACAACACAGUCAAGCAAAAAAGACAAAGGGAAUAAAAAGCGCUAAAAACCUACCAUUAUCAGCAUCCGCUGUGUUGAUGUCUAGAUUAUUAGACCAACAAGGAAGUGUUCCACAACAACGUGAACACGAUGAACUAGAUCGUUUCUUUUUGAAUAUAUCAGAAACAGUAAAAAAGUUUUCACCUUACCUACAAGCAAAUGCAAUAGCAAAACACAAAAUAUUCAGUUUAGUUUCCGAAAUGGAGUAA